AUGGGUAAGAAAAAGCGCGGUCACCCAGAUUUGGAGGAGUUGCUCGCGCGACCAUGGUGCUACUAUUGCGAACGAGAUUUCGAUGAUUUAAAAAUCCUUAUCUCACAUCAAAAAGCGAAACAUUUCAAAUGCGAGCGAUGUGGUCGACGAUUGAACACGGCUGGAGGCCUUUCGGUUCAUAUGAGCCAAGUCCACAAAGAACAGCUGAGUGAAGUCGAUAAUGCGCUGCCUAACAGGACAAGUCUUGAUAUUGAGAUUUUUGGCAUGGAAGGUGUCCCCGAAGAUAUCGUUCAAGCUCACAAUCAGCGCGUCCUUACACAAUUCCAGCAGGCUGAAGCUGAGCGUCGCGCAGCUACGGGGAAUCCUCCACCCGGAGCUGCGAAGGAUGGCGGCCAGGCGAAGAAGCCGAAGCUAGAGAUUUCCGAUCUGAAAAAGCGUCUAGCAGAGCACAAGGCGAAAGUGGCAUCUGAAAAGUCUACUGAAGGGAGCAGCGGUAAUGUUACUCCCAUGGGAGCUGGCCAAAGUGCUUCUCAACCUCAAACUGGCUUUGGAGAGAACUUCCCACACCCGCCAGCCCAGCAACCCGCGAGCAACGUGCCAAACACACAAUACUCAUAUCCACCUUCAUAUGGUACAGCCACACCUUCUUAUCAACAUACCCCGAGUCCUGUAUACCAAAAUCAUGCUCCAAAUGGUCAGCAGCAGGUUCCCCCGCUGCAACACUAUGGUGUCUCCCAGUAUGCUUCUCCACCUCAGUUCCAAGCUGGGCAGACGCCACCCCCAUACGCAACUACAGUUUCCCCUCAUCCAUUUGUACAGCAGCAACAACAACCUGCAAGGACUCACACACCGCCUCAGAGUUUACCUCAAUAUCCACCGAGACCGGGCAGCUUGCCAGCAGCGCCAGGCCUUCCGCAGCGGCCAUCCUUUGGCGGUCCCCAAAUAAAUUCACAGCCACUGCCUCCAAUGCAGCAUCCGUUGCCUGGCGUUCCUUCUCCGGGCGUUCCUCCGGCGUAUGGGCAAUAUCCGGCACUGGCGGAGGUCUCUGUUCCUGCCUCAUCUGCUACGCCAUUAUCAAAUUCGGUUGAUGAAUUGAUUUCGGGAGCUGCCAAAACCGCGGAAGCUCAGGCCGCACCAUCACCCGCGGAGAAGCCUGUGCCAACAGAGGAAAAGAAGGCAAAGAAGGAAAAGGACAAAUCAAAGAUAAGGUUGGUUUAUUCCGACAACGAGACAAGCCCCGAGGAAAAGAUGGCGACUCUGCCAAGAUAUGCAUAUACUCCUCCUCAUGGAGCAGAUACCGUACUCAGCGAUGCUACUGUUCCAGCAGUUGCCCGGCCGACGACGAACUCCGACGAUGUCAUCGAUGCAUCUGGUUAA